CUGGUGAAGUACUGAAACCUUUUUUCGGGACAAUGUCCUCCGCUUCUCCUUGCUGUAUCAUUUUUUCUAAUACACGUGCUGUCUGUUGUGGUUUGAUAGGGGCUGGGCUUGGUGCCGUAGCGUACCUGGGUCUGCGUUUGUGAUUGGUUUGGAGGAAGUAAUGACUGUAGUAAAAGCUACAUGAUAGGCUAUGAUGAAAAAGAAAGGGAAACUGUGUUUUUCUAUCGAACUUUUUAUCGACCGUUUUUUUUUCUAUCGCUCCACACGUCUAUCGAUCGAUAUAUAUUGUUAUCGAAUUAUCGUCCAGCACUAGUGUGUGUGUGUGUCUGUCUGUGUCUGUGUGUGUCUGUGUGUUUGUGUGUGUGUGUGUCUGUCUGUCUGUGUCUGUGUGUGUCUGUGUGUGUCUGUGUGUGUGUCUGUGUGUCUGUGUGUGUCUGUGUGUGUGUCUGUGUGUGUCUGUCUGUGUGUCUGUCUGUGUGUGUGUGUGUCUGUGUGUGUCUGUGUUUACAUGUUCAUAGAUCAUUUUUCACCGUCAGUAGAAAUCGGCAUUCCUGUGUUUUUCUAAGUUUACAUGAAUCUCUCUCAGACACAAACAGCAGGUUCAGACACACUAAGAUUUUCUAUGUCACAAAUCGAAGCUCCGCCCCUUUCGCCCCUCUCUGUGUUAGCGGUGAGUGUGUGUGUGUGUUAGUCGAUUGUAACGAAGUUAAUUGAUUCCUAUAGACAUGAGUGUCUCAGAGCCGAAGAGCUCCGAUGUUUCCUGAUACUUCUACGACAACAGCGGCCGUGUUCAGCUACAAGCUAGCAUAAAAGGGGGGGUGCAGAGCAGCGCUGACUCCGCCCACGACUCAGGGGUGAGUUACUAAUGAGCUCCUGGAGCUCUGCAGAAGAAAAGUCGUUAAAAGUGACGAAAGAAACGAGAUUUAGAAUAAAAACUUCAUCGUCAAAAUUUAAAGAGAAAACUUAUCGUAAUAAAAUAAAUCGAUCGGAGUGAGACGUUAACAUCGUAUCUGACGAUCGUAUCUGAUCAUGUGACUGACUGACUGACUGACUGACUGACUGACUGACUGAUCCAGGUGAAGAGUCUGGACUGAACAGGAACAGUCUGUUAGACAGUGAACACCCGUGCACUCACUCACUCACACACACACAGACACACAGACACACACACACACACACACUCACACACACACACACACACACACACACACACACACACACACACACACACACACACACACACACACACACACACACACACACACACACACACACACACACACACACACACACACACACACACACACAGCCCCCCCCCCCCAGUUAGGACACUGCUGCCUUGUGUAAAGAGAAGUGAUACUUGAGCUGACAGAGUGUGUUUGUGUGAGAACAGACGGCUCGGUGUACAGAGAGAGAGAGAGGGAGAGAGAGGGAGAGAGAGGGAGGGAGAGAGAGGGAGAGAGAGGGAGAGAGAGGGAGAGAGAGAGAGGAAGAGGGAGAGCGAGAGAGGGAGGGAGAGAGGGAGGGAGAGAGGGAGGUAGAGGCUGCAGGUCAAUACUCUCUCUCUCUCUCUCUCUGGUUGUUGGUUUGACCAAAACAGUUUCCAUGAGAUAAACAGACAAAGUCGAAUCUCGAGACAGAGAGUUCAGUCUGAACUAACCUGGAUAAACUCUUUAACUAACCAGGUUAGUUAAACUCCAGGUUAGUUAAACUCCUGGUUGGUUAAACUCCUGGUUAGUUAAACUCCUGGUUAGUUAAACUCCAGGUUAGUUAAACUCCUGGUUAGUUAAACUCCAGGUUAGUUAAACUCCUGGUUGGUUAAACUCCUGGUUGGUUAAACUCCAGGUUAGUUAAACUCCUGGUUGGUUAAACUCCUGGUAAGUUAAACUCCAGGUUAGUUAAACUCCAGGUUAGUUAAACUCCUGGUUGGUUAAACUCCAGGUUAGUUAAACUCCUGGUUGGUUAAACUCCAGGUUAGUUAAACUCCUGGUUCAUGUAGAUUCUCAUUCAUCCAGGUCAUGGUUUUCUUGAAGACUCCAAAAACAGGCGACUGGACUGUGUCGAGUUGAGAAGACGUUUCUCCUCUUCUUCUUCAGUUCUAAAUAUUGCUGUUAUGAGGAGCAGAUAUUUAUCUUGCUGGAGAAGGGGACAGGGUCGUAGAAACCCAUCUCCGGGUGUUCCCCCCUGAGGGUCGGGGUAAGUUCGGGGUUUCCUGUUCUACGACGUGGGUUCACUUCUUAGCGAGGCGAGUCUCCAUAGCAACAUACGCUGAACGGCUAACCUGCUCCGGGGCAGGUUAAGUUCCAGAUUGAACUCACCGAGUAUAAAAACCCCGCCCACUGACCAAUGAGCUCUCUCGAAAAGCGGCUUGUCCGUUCUCGGAGGAUCCUGUAGACCUCGGUGCUCGCAUUGUCCGAGGAGGAGCACUCCGGCUCGCAAGAGUUUUCAGGGACCGCACAGACCCACUUACUUCUCCGGAUGACCACCUUUAUGAAAGGCUCAUGAUGCAGCGGGCUCCGCCUUACAUGUGUGCACGCGCUCAUAGCAAAGCUGGAUCAACUUACGAGGUUGAUGACCAGUAUCGUAAAACCGUGUAGCGAGACCGCUGGCUACCACGCUAAGUUGAGCGAGGUAGCUCCAAGGCGACCUUGCUAGGUUGAACCUGCUUCGUAGAACAGACCCCUGACCUGAGGGAGUGGCUCUCCUGUGUUGAGCCAUGCGCUUGUGAAGCGGUUGUUUAGUUUCCCCAAUGUACAGGUCCGAGGAGUCCUCGCUGCACUGGACGGCGUACACCACAUUACUCUGUUUAUGUCUCGGUGUUUUGUCCUUGGGACGGACUAGCCUCUGCCUCAGUGUGUUACCAGGCUUGAAGUGAACAGGAAUGUGGUGUUUGCCAAAGAUCCUCUUAAGUUUUUCCGACAGGCCUGCAGCGUAAGGGAUUAAAGUGCUCCUGCGUCGCUCCUCCCUUUCCUGUUCAGUGUUAUUUCUCUUUCUGUUCUUCACGAAGGCCCACUUAGGGUAUCCACAGGUUGUCAGGGCGUUUUUGAUGUGCUUUUGUUCCUUUUCCUUACCUUCUUUCUUCGUGGGAAUAUUCUCAGCCCGGUGGUUGAGUGUUCUGAUGACACCCAGUUUGUGCUGCAGAGGAUGGUGGGAAUCAAAAAGUAGAUAUUGAUCCGUGUGUGUGGGUUUCCUGUACACUUCAACGUUGAGACACCCAUCUGCCUCCAAGUGUACAGCACAGUCCAAAAAGGCCAGCACAUUGUCCUUGACAUCUUCACGGGUGAACUUGAUGUUGCUGUCCACUGUGUUGAUAUGGUCAGUGAAGGCCUCUACUUCAUGUGUUCUGAUCUUAACCCAGGUGUCAUCCACAUAUCUGAACCAGUGGCUGGGUGCUGCUCCUUUGAAGGAGGUUAGGGCCUUCCUCUCUACCUCUUCCAUGUACAGGUUUGCCACCUUUGGAGGAACCGGGGAGCCCAUGGCACAUCCGUGUUUCUGUCUGUAAUGGCGCUCUCUGAACUGGAAAUAGGUGGUGCUGAGGCAGAUGUCCAGUAAGGAGCAGAUGUGGUCGGGGGUUAAGUUGGUUCUGACUUCCAGUGUGCUGUCCUGUAAGAGGCGUUUUCUUACUGCUUGGACUGCCUCUGUUAUCAGAAUACUCGUGAAAAGUCAUGUGACAUCAUAGGAAACCAUGGUUUCAUCUGGGUCCAGCCUGAUGUCCUUGAAUUUCUCAGCAAAGUCCUGGGAGUUUUUGACGUGGUGAGUGGUGUGGCCGACAAGAGGAGCGAGGAGGUAAACGAAGGUUAACGACCCUUUCAGGUAAACAACUUGGGGGAGGAACACCCGGAGAUGGGUUUCUAUGACCCUGUCCCCUUCUCCAGCAAGAUAAAUAUCUGCUCCUCAUAACAGCAAUAUUUAGAACUGAAGAAGAAGAGGAGAAACGUCUUCUCAACUCGACACAGUCCAGUCGCCUGUUUUUGGAGUCUUCAAGUAAACUCCUGGUUAAUCUGAUUAGUUAAACUCCUGGUUAGUUAAACUCCUGGUUAGUCAAACUCCUGGUUAGUUAAACUCCUGGUUAGUUUAACUCCCGGUUAGUUUAACUCCUGGUUAGUUAAACUCCUUUACUUUUGUAUAGCGGCCCCUGGUGCCUCGGUGGUCCUCAAUAGAGUGUGUUUAAUAAUUAGUGAUAAUAAGAGCUCGACUGUCAAUGUCUGUCAACAUCAUCUCCAUAGUAACCGCAGCACAUCGACCGCCUGCCUACUGGGUCGGUGCAGGUCAAGUGUUCUGAGCCUUAACAAACCACAAGCUGUGACCUUUGACCCCUGCCUGUUUGACUAAUGCAGCUCUCGCUCCAAUCUGGUUUAUCGGCGUGACGGGCUGUCGUCUCUUCCUGUCAGACUAAACAUCGCCACCGUCAGUGUGGACUCGUCUCACACACACACACACACACACACACACACACACACACACACACACACACACACACACACACACACACACACACACACACAGUGAUCGGAACACACUCUCAUGUUGACAGACUCAGAGUUCGAUCAUCUUCAGAAUUAGUUUAAAGGUCUUAGUGGGUAAAAUCGAUAAAAUAAUGAAGCAUUCUGGGUAUUUGGAGAAACAACAUGACGCAGUUAUCUGUAAAUGAGAGCUCUGAGCAGAUAGAGGGCGCUACAGCGCCGCCCCUCUGUCUCACAGCAGUCGAAUCACACAGCCUUUGUUUUAGGGUUUUUUAAAAAUGACUUUAACAUGUUUAUCCUGAAUUUUAAAAAGGUAAAUUAAAAAAUCUAAAAGGGAUUUUGAGAAAGUCUGUUUAGAAAAGUCCGACGUCACCUACAGUUACUAAUCAUUGACAAAUAUCCGUCCAGAGGCGCACACAUCUGUCCCCAUUAACUCUCGUUUGACACGCCCAGUUUGUUCCUCUUCAAUACAGCAGAUAGGAGACGGCGGGCCGCAGCCUGACCACGCCCUCCUGUCUCCCUCUGGGCGCUUUACUGCUGUCCACCACCGGCCAUGGGAUGGCAGCAGAGAGCGAGCGGUUUGUUUACCUGCUUGCCUGUAAAUUAAACCACCAAGCGAGAGUUUCGGAAUAAUUAGCAAAAAAGAUUUUUAUCAGUCACAGAGAGAGACGAAAAAGGAGAAAACUCGGUGAAGUCAGAGAGGAGAAGGCUGAAGGAGAAGUUUAGAGUGAAGGAGCUCGGACCGGACGGGACCGGACCGGACCGGACCGGACGGAGGUUUUAAUCACAACAAUUAAUCAUGAAUAAUUAUUCAUUAUAAUUAUACAGCAGUCCGAAGACGAAGGGAGGAGAUUUUCAGGGUCUUUGUCACGAACAGCGGCCUGGACUACGAAGCUGGAUUUGAUCUUAGAUAACUUCUGGAUUACUCCUGGGUUUUCUGUACUACCAUGAUUACUUUCUAUCCGGGUCCGUUACCCCAGUAACCUGGGCUCCGGAGCAGGUUAUGUUUCAGGAAAAGAUCUCAGCGGGUGAAAAAAGACCGCCCACUGACCAAUCGGAUCUCUCGAAAAUGGCUUUAACGGAAUAUAUGACUCAGCUGUAGUGUUUAAGUGUCCUCUGGUAGUUAAAAACAGUAACUCUUGUUUGUGAAUGAACAUUAAUUCUUGUGUUUUUACAUCGCCGUCUCUGCUCUUUGGUUCGGUAAAUGAAGUGAAAAAUUCACCAAGAGUGAUUUAUUUCCUCUCUGCUCCUGAACAGAAACAUUAAACAGGAACAAAAAGGUCAUUGAACAGUUUAUAGAAAGAGUUUUUAAAAGCUGAGAGCUCUGCUGUCAUCAAUUAUUCACUUCUAUUAUGUCUGAACACGAGUGUGUGUGCUCACUUUGUUAAUAGAUAAAAACUUCAUGUAAAAUUCAUGCUGCAAAGAUAAAUAUGAUCACAGCGUUUUCUUCAUGAACUAAAUACACAAAAAGGAAACGAGAGAUGAGACAUGAUUGAAACCUGUGAAUGACGGGACGCUCUCAUGGUUAUGAGGUUCAAAGGGAGGGAAGGUAGUGUUCUUCAUAAUGGAUGAAAUGGUCGACCCUGAAAGUCGUCAAUUCACGAUGUGAAGAUGUAGAUCUGACCAAGAAGACUGUUUGGAUUUUAUUUUUCCAAUAAAUAUUUUAUUUGAUCUCGUUUGUCGUCUUUACGAAGUCUUCGCUGAUGUGACGAUAAUGAUCAUCUAAUGGUCUGGUGCUAAAGGGGAACGAGCGUCUGUUUGUGGGCGGGGCCUGAUGGAUCGGCGAGUGUGUGUGUGUGUGUGUGUAGGGGGGUUAGGGUUCAUCACCUCAGACCACACCCCCUUCAGAUUCACUGUUGGACUUCUGUGAACGGAUGAAUUAAAAUCACAGUUUUGUGUAAAUCCUUGAAUUUGACGGUUUUCGUUGUUUUUAGAGAUUAUUGAUUAUUGAUUAUUGAUUCGAUCAAUCAACCUGCAGAGAAGUUUGUUCUUCUGAUCUCCAUGGCGGUGCAGUCUGACCUUCAGGGACUCUGAGCAAACAGGAAACAGGAAACACUCUGCGAAAUCACUGACCUCUCGUUGGCUCCCAGUGGGGUUGUGGGUAAUGUAGUUGGCUGUUGUCAGGGGUGCAGGUGGACGUUGGUCCUGCAGGAUAAGGAGAUUUUUGUGGGUCAGGAGGUUGUGGGGUUGAUGUUUAUCUGUUUGACCUUUGGGAUGAAGUGAGUAGCGUUAGAGAGCAGGAAGUGGUUAUCUUAUGGAGAGGAAACUACUUCCUGUAGCAGCAUAUGGACAGGAAACUGAGCGGAGAGGUUUCCACGAGCGUGUUUCAUGACAACUUCAGGAAAAAUAAGAAACCUGUCAGAGAAACCAGUCACAUGUCAGAGAGCAGGUUUCUGCAGAGAAACAAAGACACUGAAGGUCACCUGGUUCACCUGUAGAGGGUCUCAGGGUCCGUCUUCUUGUUACUCUGUCUUCGUUUGGUUUGGUCUGUUUCGGUUUCACACUGUUAUUACUGCAAACAGACGUUACAUGACGAACCUUGUGAUAUCGCCAUCAACGACGUACUUGGCAUGUGUCUGUAGUUUCCACUGAUUGGUCCUUUGGCCGGCGGCGUUCUGACAUCAUCACGUAAAAGAGGGCGGGUCUUGAAUGAUGUAAACAUAAAUGAAAUCAAUAGUCUGGAUAAUUUGAUCGUUAGACGACAAAUUUAUCGUGGUCGACAGAAAUGAAGAAGAAAGGAAGUAAACCUGCAAACGGCUCCGGAGAGGAAGUCUGUGAACCUCUGAGGUCAGCUGAGGUCGAAUUCUUACGAGAGCACUUCCUGUUCAACAGAUGUCAUUUCCUGUCUUUGGUAUGAAGGUCCAAACCUUUCAAAAUAAGACUUUCACACUGGGCAAGAACCAGACCGUGGUCCAGCUCGGUCCAGACUGAGACCCGCUUCUUUGGUGUGAAAGUCCCUAAAGUCACGUUCAGGUGUGGGUUUAUCUACACAUGUCCUAAUCACCUGUGUGUGUGUGUGUUUUUCAUAGUUGGAACACACACACUUAAACAAACACACUCUCUGUUGUCAUGGUAACAGUUGGUCAAUCAGCUGGUCUCAGUCGGUUUCAGAUUUUCACUCAAAACUUCAGAAUCACCGACUGUCUGAGUUCCCUCUCCUCUCUCCCUCCUCUUCCUCACCUUCGCUGUCCCCCCACCUCUUUCUCCUCUCUCCUUCCUCUUCCUCACCUUUGCUGUCCCCCCACCUCUCUUCCUUCCUCUCUCCCUCCUCUUCCUCACCUUCGCUGUCCCCCCACCUCUCUUCCUUCCUCUUCCUCACCUUCCUCUCCUUCGCUGUCCCCCCACCUCUCUUCCUUCCUCUUCCUCCUCUUCCUCACCUUCGCUGGUAUUUAAUGAGAUGGUGACUUUUAUUGGUUUUUCAAUCAGCUGCUGAUUUUAAUUAUAGUUUUCUGGUUUUUUGGACGGAGGACAACGCUGAAAGGUCAAACCCACUGAAGGUCAACCUCACCUGACCUGAACUUUGAUCUUGGACUUUGUGGUCUUUGUGUCCACAGAGUCUUCAGUCUCAGACUCAGGUCUGGUCGUAGUUACAGACUGAACUUAUUCUGCUUUGAGGGUUCUUUCUUCCUUGUAUGGAGGAUGUGCUCAUCAGCGCCCCCUUUAUCAAGUUCCAUCCAGAAACCUCAGUGAAGCAGUGAAACCAGUGAGUUUAUCUGCUGUGACAGGAGGGUAGGAACCAAAACGCUGCCAGAUUGUGGUUCCUACCCUCUCUUUGUCUGUGUUCCUAUUAGAUGUGACGGAUCAUAUUGAAGGGAAGUGGGAUGUGAAAAUAUCUGAGUGCUGCCAAAACCAGCCAGGCUGUGUGUGUGUGUGUGUGUGCUGAAUAAAAGGCACACUGAAAGGCAUUAUCAUUGUCUCUCUCUCUCACACACACACACACACACACACACACACACACACACACACACACACACACACACACACACACACACACACAUUUAGACAGCAGUAUCGAUUUAAGGCUCAAAUAAACACAAAUCCACUCCACAUAUCGACUGACAGCAGAGCUUAGACAGUCUGCACACACACACACACACACACAUGCACACACACACACACACACAUGCACACACACACACACACACACACACACACACACUCUUGUAAGGAUGAAGUCAUAGUUUGAUGACGGUCUGUGAGUAACAGUGAAAAAUGAACCUGCAGGUAAAAUCAGCAGCAGAUUAUCUGAACAUGUUCAACAAUAAAGACGAGAUUUUAAAAAAUUCAAAUAAAUCCUAACCAAUCACACAGCAGGACUGUAGGAACAGCCAAUCAGUCUGCAGCAGUUAGCCCAUUACCCAUGAUGCACUUGUGCCGAACGUCAUAAACCUGUAAAGACAAAAACAAAAUCUGAGAUUGACGAUGAUCGCUGAGUCAGCAGACAUCAGAGAUUCUGGACCUGAUGGGACCAGGAUCAGUUUUUACUGACAGACCAAAUCAGUCCGAACUGCAAAGGAUUGUGGGAGAGGUGACAGUGUGUGUGUGAGUCUGAAAUCCUGCCGUUAUUUAACCACCUCUCUGCUUAUUCAAAGGUCAAAGGUCAAAGGUCUGAUUGGGAAGCGUCUCUGUAUCAAGAUUGUUCAGAGAAAAUAAAGAUUUGUUGAUCGAUUGAUCGAUUGAUCGAUUGAUCGAAGUAUCUUGUCAUUUGUUGUGUCUUUAGUCACUGUUGUCAGAUUUUGUUGAAUUCGUUCAGUCAGCUGUUUAAUCGGACCAUCACUUCCUGUCCACUCAGUGGUUUGAUGACUCAGCAGGUAAAAAAACAGAGCGCCACUUCCUGUUUCCUGUUGCUGCCCUGACGUCCGGUCCGACAUUUUUAAAGUCCCUCAGUUCCUGCUGGAAACAUUCGUCCGCUCUCUUCUGCUCGUAAAAAGACGUUUUGUCGGUUUUCUGGAUGUCCGAGUAUCACGGGGAACAGCUGUUUGAAUCUAUAGGUCAGAAUCUGGAUCUAAUGUGGGGGACAUCUACUCUACAAAGACAGAUUCUGCGUACGUCUGAAUUUCUCCUGAGUUUGAGAGAGAAGUCUGAUUUUUCAGCGCAGACAGGAACACCGUCACGCUGCUCCUGAACUCAGUAUUUAGACUCUCCACCGAACACUGAAUCAGGUCGAAUCAUUCAUGAUCAGGUUUGAAGUCUGUGUCUGUAACCCUCAGCAUUGACCAAUCAGGUGUCUGCAGGUUUUAGGAGGAAGUCAGUCCUCCAGAAAGACCUCCAGCUCCCAUGGUUGGUGAUCUGAGGAGGAUUUCUGUCUCUGUAUCUCAAACAUUUACUAAACCAGAGUUCAGAUUUACAGCGUCAGAGAUUACACCUCUAGACGUGAGGCUCGACUCAGAAACACACCAAGGACACACACCGAUACAGACGGACUCUACAGGGCAGCUGUCACAGGAAAAGGAGAAUAAACCAAAAAAACGUAAAAAUCCUGAACCUGCAACAGAAAAACCGGAUAUUUCUACAAACCAGGUCAUUAAACUUGAAGUGAGCGAAGGAUUUCCUGCUGAAGGGGGCGACCCGUCCGGACAGAGGUGAAGGUAUUAAGCUGCAGAGACGGUUUUUAUCGAGUGUUUGUAGACAUCAGGUCCAGAUCUGUCUUUAUUUAUCAGAGAGUUCAGAGGAACUGGAAUCAUCUGACCUGUAAAGACCUUCAACAUGCUGUUUCUAAUGUUGAGUUAUUAGGAGGAAUAUCAUGUUUCAGAGUUGGUAAGAUGUUCCUGCCCUCUGCUGUAAACUGAAGGAUCAGGAUAUAAAAUCCUGUUUUUACAGAUGUUACCUGCUGUGACGUUUCCACGUCUCUUUAUGGUUUUAUUCUUCCCGUCAGCAGCAGCAGCAGAACAGCUGAUGGAUGGAGGUCUGCGUGAGGGCCUACCAGGGAUUACUGCAGAUUUACCUUCAAACAGCAUUAACUCUGCAGGAUGAUGGAGGGAUGAUGGACCAUGUUUGCUGCAGCAGAUGAAGGAUUUAUCUUUUUAUUUUCAUGUUUUGAAUCAGAUUAUCUCGUCUUUUUCCUCCACCUGUUGAUCACAACGUACCAAACACCGUCUCUGUGUCCUGAUCCGGAAUCCUUCUCACUCACGUCAGACGAGUCAUUUAGAUUAUGGUUCCGGAAAUCAAUCAUACUAAUUAAACUUCCAGCAGUAUUAAUGUCCGUUAUUUUCCUGCUCUCGGAUCAGAACAGACACAAACCCGACAGCGAGGAUCAGAACUCUGAGAUGACUCCAUCAAUCAACGCAAGACAAGACGAAAAGGUCCAGACUGUCCUCCAAACCAGACCUCAGUCCCAGAACCUUCAGAGAAAACCUCUCAGUAAAAAAUAAAAGAAGAAGAGUUUGACCUUCCAGAACCGUCCAGAACCGGGUCAUAAUAAAAGAAAACAACUUUAAUCCAGAUCUGUGAAUCCUGAGGAGUCAUCAGGGGGACGACCGACCGACCAGAUCUGAGCGAGAGAUCUGUCAGCGGAGAAAACACAAGAGAACCGGGUCAGAACCGGGUCAGAACAGAACCAGGACAGAACCUGUCAGCUGAGAAAACACAAGAGAACCGGGUCAGAACAGAACCAGGACAGAACCUGUCAGCUGAGAAAACACAAGAGAACCGGGUCAGAACCGGGUCAGAACAGAACCAGGACAGAGUCAGAUCAGAGUCGGGUCAGACUGAUCUGAAGACUCUCUUCCUUUUCAGGCUCAGAUCUGAAUGUUCCCCUCUGAAAGUUCUGGAGUCAGUCGGGUCGGGUUUCAGGUGUUUAGGGACAUUUCUAAGGUUUCAGUUUGACUUGAAAAGGUCCAACAGCUGAUUUCAUGAAGGCAGUCGAACUCUCUGUGUCAACAUGAAGACCUGGUCUUUGGACCAGGUACCGGUCAUGUGUGAACUUGUAAUCUCCUCAGGUAUGAGACGGUUCUGUCAGCAGAACCCGGUUAACCCGAACCCUUUAGUUUGUGACACAAACACGUUUCCUGUCCAUGAGAUCAUGUGAUCCAGAGGGGUUUCUCCUCCCUCGCUCCUCUUUAGCUCCUCCCCCUCACAAAAACUUUGACCUUUGACCACAAGAAGACAUGAACCUCCUCCUCUUCUUCUCCUCCCGCUCUGCAGGUGAUGUGGUGGACAUCUAUCAGGGGGAGUUCCUCGCAUUGAGGGAGCGUCUCCACUCGGCGGAGCAGGAGAAUCUGCGGCGCUCUAAAGAGCUAAACCUGGUCCUGGAGGAGAUCAAGAGGGCCAUCGCUGAGAAACAGGCUCUGAGGGACAUCAACCGCACCUGGAGCAGCCUCUCAGGUGAGCCCACAUCACCUGGAGAUUCACACCUGAGAGUGUGACUCAUGACAGGUACGGGGGGGGGGCAUUAAUUAACUAAACACGUAAUAAUCAAAAUAAACACGAGUCAGGAAAACAAAGAGACGCAGACGAACAUGUUUCUGUUUUUACUCCACACUGUGACUUUUAGGAUUCAGCUUCUUUAGUUUCUUUGUUUAAUAUUUAAAAUUAAUUAUAGUCAACUUUCUCUUUUUUUCUGGGUGUUGAUGGUAAAAUUUUCCUUUGAGUUUCAUACAAAAAACAAACUGAAAUCUACGAACUCCGUGAAUUUAAACAGUCGAACACAUAAUGAGUUUGAAGGAUCUCUGUAUGAUCGAUUACCGAUCAUUCAUAUUGAUCUUUUCAGUGAAGUGAAAAAUGUCUGGAUGGAGGUUUUAUUAUCCGAGUCGUUCUUUAACAUGAUCGAUUAUUUUCACCGACUUCAAUACUGAGUCUAACCUGGUCUAACCUGGUCAAACCUGGUCCUAUCUGGUCUAACCUGGUCUAAUCUAGUCUAACCUGGUCUAACCUGGUCCUAUCUGGUCUAACCUGGUCCUAUCUGGUCUAACCUGGUCUAACCUGGUCUAACCUGGUCCUAUCUGGGGUUAACUGAGAUCAUCUUUAUGUUUGAUCCAGUCUCACCUUAAAUCACCUGGUCUGAUCUGGUUUUGUUUCUCACCUGGUCCCGUGUCCUCAGAGGAGACCAGGCUGAAGUUGUGGAACGUCAGCAGCAGUAAGAGCGUCCUGCAGCUUCCCUCCAUCUUCCAUCAUCUUCCUCAUCUGCUGAGUCGAGAGGACAGCCUCCUCCCCGCCGUGCACCUGGGACAGGGACGCACUGGAGGUAAAAACAAACACACCCUCUCAGGAAACUCUCUACACUGUAUUUAUCUAGAUCUGGGUUCACACACACACACACACACACACGCACGCACGCACGCACGCACACACACACGCAAAGCUAACAACGUCAGUAUCACAGUCAAUAUCGGAGCUAACGUCGCGGUAGCGUCACCAGCGAUUAGCGUUAGCUCCAUGCUAACUCAGCUAGCGCUCUUAAUAAAGUUCGUUUCCAUGGUUCACAAUCAAACAAAGAGAACCACGGUGGACUCAAACAUCAGGAAACAGUCCUGAAGCUCCGAUCAGUCUGAGAAAAGUCUCUCAAUGACGGACAUUUUCACAGAACAAGCUAACAACGAAGGCUAGCCUCUUAGCAUGUAGCAACCACUCUUACCGGAAAUGUCUCUGAGGGUGAAGAGGUUUUCCAAAAUAAAAGACCCAAACUCGCCCCUAAUAAGUCAAAGACUCUUUAGACAAUUCUUCAAGCUGGUAAACCACAAAUGUCUGACUUCUUUUUGUCUUUAUUACCAAAGCUGUCAGCUCACUCUCUAAUGAGGCUGACCAUGUAAACAGCUGAGACGCCACCUUGUGGUGAGACAUUGUAAACGCUUUUAAAUCACAUAAAAGGGUUUAAUACAGAAACGGGUUACAUGUUAUUUUCUCCUUCAUCUGAAUCAUCAGCAGGCUGACCUUUAUCUAAAAUACACCAUCUCUGUGUGUGUGUGUGUGUGUGUGUGUGCGUGUAGUGUCCAUCGUGAUGGGGGUCCCCAGUGUGAAGAGGGAGGUCCACUCGUACCUGACCGACACACUCAGCUCUCUGAUGUCAGAACUCAGCGCCGCUGAGAAGGAGGACUGUGUCAUCGUGGUCCUCAUCGCCGAGGUCAGUGACCCUGUGUGUGUGUGUGUGUGUGUGUGUGUGUCUGUAAAGGUCAGUGCUUUAGCUGAUUAAGUUCAUUCAGGUGAAAUAGAGCGACGGAUCAAACCGGACUGAGAGGGUCCAGAUCAGAGACUCUGUGGUCCAUCGAUGAAGAUUCUUCUGUUUCAUAGUCUUCAUCAGUCCAGGAAAGACCCUCUGAGGGUCUUAGAUCUGAGAACCUCCAGGAUCUGUUUUGAGCUCGUUGUUCAGUAUCUUCUCCAGCGUUGAGUCUCUCAGACAGGAUCAGUGUGUUUGGAUCGUAGCAGCAGCAGCAGCAGCAGCAGCAGCAGCAGCAGCAGCAGCAGCAGCAGCAGCAGCAGCAGCAGCAGCAGCAGCGUAGUGAAACGACACGCUCACAGCAGGUCGUUCUUCCUCUCUGUGGUCGAUUUCCUGAUAAUUCUGAUCUAACUCAGUGACUGUUGAUCCUCGACUGUCUGUGAAGAAGCUUGAAGUGAUUUUCCAGUUUGUGUUUUUUCAGGUUUAUUCAUGUUUAAUAAAGUAAACUCUGUUCCUGUUGGGUCCACAUGGACCAUCAGAUUGUUCUGUUCCUGAUAAAUCCAGAACCAGGAAGGAUUCCUCAUCUACACCAACUGAUACACAGUUAGGAGUUCACAGAUGGGCUUUUAUUUUGACAUGUACAGUAUUACUGUUUGACUUCCUGUCUAGAACGACCUUCUCUGUGUGGAUUGACACUCAUUGGAAGCGUAGAUCAGCAGAAAUCCACUCGCCGUGUAUCUUUAGCAGAGCUGCUGUCGAGUCGAUGCUGCAGCUGAUAAUCGUCUUUUAACGCUUUACUGCGAGAUAUGAGACGCCGCCGCCGUUCCGCUCCAAAUACACGGAUCCUGGAGGUUUUAGUCUUAAGGUCAGGCUGUACGUGUAGGUGGGCGUAGGUGGGCGAGGGUCUGGAGCGAAGAUCGCUCUCUUCUUGUCCUGGUUCUGGUUCAGGAGGAAGAAAACCGGAGCAGACGUGUUUGAAUUGUUGGAAAGAAAAAGUCGAACUUGAAACUUUAUCAAACAUUUUAUUUUCAUCGGUGGACCGGGUCAGAAUUUCAGAAUCAGCUGUUGUCCUUGUGGGCGGAGUCACAUUAUCACCUCAAUAGUAUGUAUGUGUGUGUGUGUCUGACUCUGUGUUUGUGUGUUUUCAGGCUGACCAGCAGUACGCCAGCGCUGUAGCAGACAACCUGAAGCGCCUGUAAGUCCACCGCCAUGAUGGUGCCGUUUCUAUGGCAACAGACCCAAAGGAUUCUACUGUGUGUGUGUGUGUGUGUGUGUUUGUUUUCAGAGCGAAGAAGAAUUACACACACACACACACACACACACACACACACACACACACACACACACACACACACACAGAUGGAGGUUUCCUUGGUCAGAUUACAGACUGUGGGGGUUUGGAGGACUGUGAUUGGUUAGAUUUUUGGAGGACUGUGAUUGGUCAGAGCCAGGGCACCUGGACAGGUAAGGGUAAAUCACUGAGCUGGCAUGUAUUCACACCAAUAUAUGGAUCUGAAUCCUUCUCUGUUUGGUGUCUAGCGCCCCCUCUGGUCAGAUCUGAAGUUUAUUUCUCGACUCGUUAAUUUCUCCAGUUUCAGACAAAACUGACGGUUUUCUACGUACAGACACUUUUACAGACAGUUUACUGACAGACUUCAGUUGUUGUUGAAUUGAUAAAUCGAUAAAUUGAUAAAUUGAUAAACCAAUCAGCCUUCACAAGAAUCCAGAAGCAGCACAGAACACGCUGCAGUUUGACUGACAGUGAAACACCUGUGAAGGUGAACUGUUCGCCGCACAGACACGCCUCCAUCAGGAUUAUUGAACUAAACCCAAACUGAGCAUGUGCGGACGGCACUGUGACAUCACUACAGUCACUGAUUAAGAUCAAUUAAAAUCCAUCGAUUAUUGGAGUAUUGAACAGUACAAUACUUCCUGAUUAAAAUCAUGAUUAUUGAUUAUUGAUUAAUGAACUCUGUCUGUUUUUUGGUGGUUCAGUUUUCCCGCAGAGAUCCAGUCGGGUCUGUUGGAGGUCGUCUCGCCUUCCGUCCAUUUCUACCCCGACUUCUCCAAACUCAGAGAGUCCUUCGGAGACCCCAAGGAGAGAGUCAGGUCUGUGCGUGUGCGUGUGUGUGUGUGUGUGUGCGUGUGUGUGUGUGUGUGUGUGUGUGUGUGUGUGUGUGUGUGUGUGACUCUGCAGACUCUGUGAUCCUGAGCUCGGGUUGAUUCCUCUUCUUCCUCUCCUCCUCUUCCUCAGGUGGAGGACCAAACAAAACCUGGACUACUGUUUCCUGAUGAUGUACGCUCAGUCUAAAGGAACUUACUACGUCCAGGUGAGAAACAUGGAAAUCAUUAUUUUCACAAUAAAAGCCUUUUUACAGUUGAUAGGACAUCAUCUCUACCUAAACUUAAAACUCUAAAGUCUGAGUAUUUAAAAUAUCUAAUUAAAGUUAUAAAGUCUGAGUAUUUAAAAUAUCUAAUUAAAGUAAUAAAGUCUGAGUAUUUAAAAUAUCUAAUUUAAAGUUAUAAAGUCUGAGUAUUUAAAAUAUCUUCAUUUAAAGUUAUAAAGUCUGAGUAUUUAAAAUAUCUAAUUUAAAGUUAUAAAGUCUGAGUAUUUAAAAUAUCUUCAUUUAAAGUUAUAAAGUCUGAGUAUUUAAAAUAUCUAAUUUAAAGUUAUAAAGUCUGAGUUCAGUUAUAACGAGCGCCCCAUGGGGAACCAACCGGCCCAAGCCGUGUCAUGCCACCAUCUUUGUGGACCGCUUUCCCAGGAGACCGCCGCCCUGUCCCAAAAAUAUCAGAGUAUAGUGUAAUAAAAUCUCAUAGUAUCAUAUAAUAGAUAUAAAGUACAGAAUGAUGAAAAAAUCGUAUCUUAGUUUAAAAAACUGUUAAAGUAUUCUACGAUCAAAAUUCACAUUUUAGUGUGAAACAAAGUCAGUAUAGUAUGUUAAAAAUAUCAAAGUAUAGUAUCUAAAGAACGUCAUGGUAAAGUAUUUUUUAUUUUUUCACUUUUAUUUCAUAAAUAUAUCGGGGCACGUUAAAUACGUGAAUUAAAGCUGGACCGUCAAAUUUCAGGAGUUUUUGAGCCUGUCAGGAGGGUGAAAAGUUAAAAACAGGUUAGAGUUUAAAAUAAUAAUAAUGUCAAUCAUAAUCAUAACAAGUAUAAUAAUAAUAAUAAUAAUAAUUCCUGCAGUUUUAAUAAAGCUCUCAGCCGUCGACUCGCUCCGUGAAAAUAGGCGAAGGAGGAUUAAAAGAAUAAAAAUUCAUGGAGCGGCGUCUGUGAACUUCCUCUUUGGCGCUUCUUUAAAUGUGAUGAAUGUGGACAGCCAAUCAAAUUCAAGUGUCUCUGAUGAAACUCUGCUGCGGCCUGCAGCUGAUGAAACUGUUGCAUGGUGGGUAGAGUGAUGGAGACUUUAAUGGAGACGUCUCUGUGGCUUCAUCACUCGUUCUUUGUCUCUCUGAAGAUGAAAAGAAGAAACAGAAACGGCAGAGCUGCAGCUCAACUUCAGAAAAGUUUCACCUUCGUGUCAAAAACAGGAUUUUUGAGGGACAGACAGCAGCUUAAACAUCUGCUCAGUCAAAUCUCUUCAGCCAUCGUCUCUUUUUUCUAGAGUUUAAAAAACUCUCCCCUAAAAUCUUCCAGUUUCUCUCCCGUCCCACACAGAGAGGAUUCUCACCCGUCAGAACGUCUUUGACCCUCAGAGCUCCAAACACAGACGUGUCAGGAAACUGUUACCGACUCAGUUUAUGUAAAAUAUCCAACAAAUAAAAACAACAAAAUCAGAAAAAGACGGUGAGUUAAAACUCGACUUUAAGGAGAAGGUAAAAAAAAUGAGGCUUCAGUUUAAAAAGAGGCAAAAAAAAUCAGCUGAAAAAAACUCAGAAGGAAACGAGAAACUUCAUCUGAAUCUGGAACAAUCUAAGUCUAUACCAGUCUGUCACAAUCUAAGUCUAUACCAGUCUAUCACAAUCUAAGUCUAUACCAGUCUAUUACAAUCUAAGUCUAUACCAGUCUAUCACAAUCUAUGUCUAUACCAGUCUAUCACAAUCUAUGUCUAUACCAGUCUAUCACAAUCUAUGUCUAUACCAGUCUAUCACAAUCUAAGUCUACACCAGUCUAUCACAAUCUAAGUCUAUACCAGUCUAUCACAAUCUAAGUCUAUACCAGUCUAUCACAAUCUAAGUCUAUACCAGUCUAUCACAAUCUAAGUCUAUACCAGUCUAUCACAAUCUAUGUCUAUACCAGUCUAUCACAAUCUAAGUCUAUACCAGUCUAUCACAAUCUAAGUCUAUACCAGUCUAUCACAAUCUAAGUCUAUACCAGUCUAUCACAAUCUAAGUCUAUACCAGUCUAUUACAAUCUAAGUCUAUACCAGUCUAUCACAAUCUAAGUCUAUACCAGUCUAUCACAAUCUAAGUCUAUACCAGUCUAUUACAAUCUAAGUCUAUACCAGUCUAUCACAAUCUAUGUCUAUACCAGUCUAUCACAAUCUAAGUCUAUACCAGUCUAUCACAAUCUAAGUCUAUACCAGUCUAUUACAAUCUAAGUCUAUACCAGUCUAUCACAAUCUAAGUCUAUACCAGUCUAUCACAAUCUAAGUCUAUACCAGUCUAUUACAAUCUAAGUCUAUACCAGUCUAUUACAAUCUAAGUCUAUACCAGUCUAUUUGAUUUUAUUAAGAGCUUCUGACUCUCUGAUGAACAUCUCUGUUUUAUCGUCUAACAAGAACUUUCUCUCUCUCUCUCCCUCCCUCUCUCUCUCUCUCUCUCUCUCUCUCCCUCUCUCUCUUUCUCUCUCCCUCUCUCUCCCUCUCUCUCUCUAUCUCUCUCUCUCUCUCUCUCCCUCUUAACCCUCCAGCUGGAGGACGAUAUCGUCGCUCGUCCGAACUACUUCACGACCAUGAAGAACUUUGCGUUGCAGCAGCCGUCGGAGGAGUGGAUGAUCCUGGAGUUUUCUCAGCUGGGCUUCAUCGGUGAGUCUCUGAUUCACGAGUUUACGAGAGGACAGGAAGGACAUGAUGAGGACGUCCGUUUAAACAAAGAUAGAAAAAUGACAGAAGGACAGGACAGGAGGUUUUGGACUCGUCCAUGUUUGUCUCCUUUCUCUGGAAAAGUGUUUUCUAAUGUCCUGGUUCCUGUUUCUGAAACAGUCAGUAAAGUUUCUCUUCAUGUGGUCGACUGGUGUUUGUUGGUCAGUGAGGGAGCGGACAGGUGUGUGUUUGUCGGCUGUAAAACACACCUGGUCUGAGUCCAGGAUCACAGAGCGUUUCCACAGACGGACUGUAGAGUAAGAACGUUUCUGAAAACUGAUCUCUGCUCCAUCUGAGGGAUCAAUGAAGUUCAGCUGAUCAAUCGAAGCCUCGGCAUCAAGAACUUCUGUUUUCCUGAGUCCAAUCAGCUGACGCUGACAUGAGUCCGAUUGUUAAUUUGAGCUGUUUCCAGAUUGUACAGAAGGAAUGCCGAUUUCUCCUGAUGGUGAAAAAUGAUCUAUGAACACGUAGACAAGAAAAACAAGAUGUCCGUCGACGUGAGUCGUUCUAGACUCGGUGACGUGAUUCCUCAUUUUUACUCUGUUCAAACAGAAAAAUGUUAAAGAAAGAAGAACUAUGAAGAGGCCUAUAUACAGAUCUAUAGUAUAGAUCUAUACUAUAGAUCUGUUAUCAGCAGCUAGGAUAAGAGACAGUGGUUGGAGGAGGGGUGGUGAUGUUUAUGAAUGUGUUGUAACUCAUUACUAUGAAGGAACAACACUGCAGUGACGACGUUAGCAUGAGACCCUCGUUAGCAUGAGACCCUCGUUAGCAUGAGACCCUCGUUAGCAUGAGACCCUCGUUAUAUCAAUAUUUUAGAUCAAUAUUUGUUUAUUUUAUUUUUGUUGAUUUUGGCCAAACUUUAUUUGUGACUCUGUUGUCGGUUUACGACCUCUGCACAGAAAAAACAAGAACUACAACAUCACAACCAGGAACAUUUAUAUGACGUAUAUUUGAGCUUUAAACUCCACCUGCUGCUCCCUCUGAUUGGCUGGAGGAGGCGGGGUUUAUGACCUAUCCUGCAAACAGUCAUCAGGGGGCGCCGAGUCUUCACCCAACGAAGAGGCCCAUGGGUCAUCCUCACAGUCCGAGCGAUCUUCCUGAACAGUCGUAUCGCUUUUAUUUUUCCACAGUCUGCUGUUGAACGGCUGUUUGCAGGAACGCUAGCUGCUGUGGCGAAUCCUAACGUCUGCAGGAAGAGCUAACACUCACUAGCGUAGCUGUUCUAUGCUAAGCUAGCUGCUGUGGCGAAUCCUAACGUCUGCAGGAAGAGCUAACACUCACUAGCUUAGCUGUUCUAUGCUAAGCUAGCUGAGUUUUGUGUGUUGCAUGUGAAGUCACAGAGUUGACUUUAGUACCUUUAUAAGUCCGAUUAUCUCAGAAUCUGUCGUGGUCAAAGUCCUGCAGGUAGAUGGGAAUAAAGCGUCUGUUUGUGGGCGGGGCUUAAUGAAGCAGGGGGGGUGUGUUUACAUUAAAGGUUCCUCCCCUGAAUCGUUCCUCAUUCAAAUGCUAAUAUAUGUGAUCACAUCGUGAAAAUUUCUGAGGUUUUUGCUGAAUGUCACUUUAAUUUAUUAAUAACUGUGUCUGUAAUAAAAUCAAUAUAAAACUAUAAUAUAUAUUUAUAUUUAUCUCUUAAUGUGUGUUUUGAGUUCGACUGAUCCGAAUGAAAACAAAAAUGAUAUUAAGACACACAAAAGUUUCCACGGAGAUCCGGCAGUUUAUUUUGACUGAACACUCAGAAAAUGGAGGUGAUUUCUAAUUUUAUCUCAGGUACAAAAUAUUUUAUGAAAUGUUGAUCUAUAAUUUAGUUCCUGUCUGCUUUAGUUUCAUUCCUACCAUAAAAUAUUCAGAAUAAAUCAACGAGUUUAGUCAGAGAGUAAAAAAUCUGCAGAUCUUUUCGAGGCAAAAAGAGAAAAACAAUAAAAUCAAUAAAAUCAAUAAAAUUAAAGCAGAGGAUUAAAAUGUCGUUUCCUUCUCAUAAAAAAAAACUCUUUUCAGUAAAUUCAGAAGUUCUCAUGGUGGGUCUGAUCUUCAUCUGAAGACUCUCUCUUGAUUUUAACUGCAUUUGUUGUAAAUUAACUCUUUGUUAUUGACGAUUGAUUGAUUGAUUGAUUAAUUGGUUGCUGUAAAAACAUAAAACAGAUUUUAAUAUUAAUUUAUACAAAUAAAAGUUUUUAAUUUAAACACAUUUAAAGUGUUUUUGCUGUAAAUGAUUUACAGAUAAUAAAAAUUCACCGUCUCAGAAAAUUCGAUUUUAACUUCAGAACAAAUUUUAAAAAAGGUUCAUGAACAUGUAAAUUAGUCGGAACCAGAACCAGAACCAGAACCAGCAUUAUUGUCCAAGUAUGUGUGUACAUAGACUAAUUUAACUCCACUCAACUUUAAUGUACAAACAUUCAAUGUGGGGGGGGCGCGGCACGGCGAGGACCGGACCGUCAUCUCCACAGUCUUCAACAAAGGACCAACUGAUCCACCUCCUGUAGACCCAAGACUGUGGAGUCUGACAGACGGGUCGACCCAUAACGGGUCUCAUGCGGGUUUAAUUCAGACGCUCAGAUUCGGUUUGAGUUUGAGGGGGGGGAUUCGGACGCCUCGCUGCACAGAUCAGAGCAGGAAUGAACUUCCUGUUGCUGAACUUCCUGUUGACCUCUCAGUUCACCUUCAUCAGUUCGUUGGUCUUUUGGUUCUGGGUCGGACUUUGAGUUCCUCCAGAUCCGAGAAAACCGACCAAUGAGCAGAGAGGAAACUGUGUGAUGAGUGUAGUUUAGUUUAAAAUGUCAUUUCACAUUAAUUAAUUUGUCUAAAGUCUCUAAAAAUAAAUGUAAUGAAGUCCUUUUAAAAAAUAAUUGUAAUAUUUGAAUAAGAAGAAGAAGAAAAGGCGUUAUUGGGUUUUGGAAGAAGACGUGAAACUUCGCCCGGCGUUCGCUUAUGUAUUCAGCUACAACAUCCGCCACAGACGGCGUGGGCGUGCUCUGUUGACGUUUCCUGCUCUGCGCCUCUUCCGGUCUCAGUUAAACCCGACGUGAAGAAACUCUUUGCCGAUGAACCCCCUCUUCAAAUUUGAGCGUAACCCGCUAUGCCGAUCGCGCUCCGAAGUUUUCAGAUAUUUAAAAAAAAUCUGUUUUGAACCGUUUAUCAGGAUUUUGGCGUCAAAUAUCGAGACGAUCACGAAACAUCGUAACUUUGGAUUUUCUGCUGUAAAUGAAAUAAUUUCCCCCUUUAAACGUUGAAUUCUUGGUGAGCGUAGAGUGAGAGUUUUCCAUUAAAGGUGCAUUCCACUAAACUUCAGCAUGUUCUUCUCUGACAGGAAAGAUGUUUAAGUCUCUGGAUCUGUCGCUGAUCGUGGAGUUCAUGCUGAUGUUCUACAAAGACAAACCCAUCGACUGGCUGCUCGACCACAUCAUGUGGGUCAAAGUGUGUAAUCCAGAGAAAGACGCGGUGAGUCGCUCCUUACAUUAUCGCUCAAAUAAUGACUUUAACGCUCCGAGAACCUGCAGACAAUCAUGGAUCAGCAUCUGGAGAGGAAACAUCCCUGCAGAAAAACAGUCUGAGUUACUCUGCAGAGAAAUACAGUUUAUUAAAUUAUAUUAACAUAUAAUUAAUAAAAAUAUAUAAUGAAACUAAUAUGUAAUAUUUCUUUAUUCAAGAAAAAAACAUCAAGUCGGUUUUACCUGCAGAGAAACAGUCAAAGAAAUUGUGUCUGUAAUGAGACUGACUUUUGUUUUCCUCUUUUUUCUUUUUGUCGGUUUAUUUGACGUUUUUUUGUCGGUUUAUUUGACAUUUUUUUGUCGGUUUGUUCGUCCCUCAGAAACACUGUGACAGACAGAAAGCAAACCUGAGGAUCAGAUUUAAACCAUCUCUCUUCCAGCAUGUCGGCACUCACUCCUCCCUCGCUGGAAAGAUCCAGAAACUCAAGGUAAUGAAGGUGUGUGUCUGUGUGUGUGUGUGUGUGUGUGUGUGCGUGCGUGUGUGUGUGUGUGUGUGUGUGUCUGUGUGUGUGUGUGUGUGUGUGUGUGUGUUUGUCACACACACAGCUGGACUCACAGAUUCACACGUUUGUUUUUCCAAAUGGAGGUAAUUUUAUUAUUUAUGUCGACAAACAUUCAAAAACCCUAACGGACCUUUCUUCCAGGAUAAGGACUUCGGCAAACAGACGCUCCAUAAAGGUCACGCCAACCCGCUGGCGGAGGUGACGACCAGCCUGAAAACCUACCAGCACUUUACUUUGGAGAAAGCGUACCUGGGAGAGGACUUCUUCUGGGCCUUCACACCUGUGGGAGGGGACUUCAUACGGAUACGCUUCUUUACACCCGUCCGCAUCGAAAGGUUGGCAUCAGGAAUGUAGAGGAUGUCAGGUCAAAGGUCACCUGGUGUGACAAGCUUACCUCCAUGGUCUUCAGAAGUCUGAUGUUAGUGUUGCCAGGUAACAAGAGGAGCAGGUGUCGUCAUUUCAGACUCAGAGGGACCAGGAUAAAAGUUCUUGGUGGUUUUUUAGUGUAACUCACAGCGGGGAGGGGAGAGACGGGGUGACGGGAAUCAGAGGACGCCAAACGUUGACGUGGUCCUAGAGACAGUGACAGUUAGUGGUCCAGGGAGACACCAAAGGGGAUUAAGUUCUCAGGAGUACCAGACAUUGGUGCAGGUUUGUUCCGCCACCAAAGACCUGGUACUGGUUCCUCUCUAGAAGAAAGUCAAGAUGAGGAACCGUAGGCAGGGCUGAGUGAAAAGAGUUCUGGUACUAAAGUCACCGUUAACCACAGCUUUCCUGUAGAUCAGAACUGGUUCUGUGGACCUUAUGGGUUUUACGAGGAAUGGGUUGGAUAAAACCCGGUGCUGAACUCCUCCGGUUCUGUGGUGAUACCGUGGAAAUAGUUCUGGAAAUGAAAGAAGUAUUGACUAAUGUACGCAGAGACACGACGACGUGGACCUUUACAGCCCCAACGGUUCUUCAAUGGUUCUCAAACUGAACCAGUUCUGAACCAACCGGGAACAAGUACUGGAACCAGCAGACGUCACUCUGGGCGCUGAGAUUGAACACGCUCAUAUUUUGGUGAACUUCGCUCAUUUUGAAAUUCCUUAAUGAGAGCAUGAGCGAAGUUCACCCUGGAGUCAGACGACAGGUCAGAGGUCACAGAAGUUCCCGGGAGUUACUCUGAGUUACAGCAGUCGAGGUCGGACAUACGGACGCCGGCGAUACUAACAUGUCAUAACUGAUGAUGAUGAUGAUGAUGAUGAUGAAGCAUCGACACUCAGAGCCAGUUUAGUUUCAGAGAGGGUGAAAUAAAAAUGAUUUCUCCUUCAUCGUCGGUAACGGAGCAGAUUUCCCUGUUUGGGUUAAAGGUCAAAACCUUCCGUGAUAUUAAGGGACAGUCCGUCUACUUUCUCUACCUCUGCAUCGAACCCAGGGUCAUUUUCCUGAAGAUGUGUUGAACAGACUUUAUGCCUCUCUUUUUUAUUUCUAGGUUCUUCUUUCGGAGCGGAAACAUCGAGCACCCAGGAGACAAACUUUUCAACACUUCAGUGGAGGUUCUGCCAUUUGAUGUGAGUCCUGAAACUUAGACCAGAGUGUGAAACUUUCACUCAUGAACAGAGUCUUGAUAUCAGACAGAAGCAGGUCAAGAAAAAUGGACCCAGGUGAAAAUUAACAUCAAUUACAUCAACCUUUCUAGACCAGUUUUCACAAAGUUCUUCAGGAUCAUCAAAUUAAAAAGAGUUUGACAAUAAAACCUCAAAAUCAACAAAAAUCACACAAGUAGGUAAAAUUAAACAAAGACACGUUCAGACAAACGGGUUUUUAACCGUUUUUAACGUGUCCGAAGUCCAAAGUUUCAGAGUAAAAACUCGAACCUAAAGUGUCCUUUGGUCCAAAAACAGGAAACAGAUCCUCUCAGAGUUUAAUCAGGACCUCUCUGUUUGGACUGAACAGUCUUCUGGUUUUUGGACCAGAACCUGAAUUUUCUGGUGUCGGUGAGGUAAAUAUGGCGGACGAUAAGAUGAUGGUUGAUUGAUUGUCAGCGGUGACAGGAAGUCCUGCUGAAAUCAACACAACAGAGAGGAAGAAGAAAGACACAAAACACACCGACCAACACUUAGAGCGGCGGGAUAGAUGACUGUGAAGGAGAAGGCGGUUUCCAUGGUAACGCUGACCAGAAGAAGAGAAGAAGGAGGAGCCAAUGAUGAGAAAGAGGAUGUUGUAGAUAGAGACGAUAAAGCAGCAAAACAAGAAAAGCUGAUAUAUUUGUUUAGGUUUGGAGAGAAAGUCAGAGAAAUCGAGACGUUGAAUUUUUUUUUCAUCAAUUUAAAAAGUUUCAAGGAAAAAAAGUUUUAAAGCCUCAAAAUGAGAUCGGAGGUGGAAACAGACAGAAAACAAACAAAAACAGACGGAAGACAAACAAAAACAGACGGAAAACAAACAAAAACAAAAACGGAAAACAAACAAAAACAGAUGGAAAACAAAAACAGACAGAAAACAAACAAAAACAGACGGAAGACAAACAAAAACAGACGGAAAACAAACAAAAACAGACGGAAAACAAACAAAAACAGACGGAAAACAAACAAAAACAGACGGAAGACAAACAAAAACAGACGGAAAACAAAAACAGACGGAAGACAAACAAAAACAGACGGAAGACAAACAAAAACAGACGGAAAACAAACAAAAACAAAAACAGACGGAAAACAAACAAAAACAAAAACAGAUGGAAAACAAACAAAAACAGACGGAAGACAAACAAAAACAAAAACAGACGGAAAACAAACAAAAACAGACGGAAAACAAACAAAAACAGACAGAAAACAAACAAAAACAGACAGAAAGCAAACAAAAACAGACAGAAAGCAAACAAAAACAGACAGAAAGCAAACAAAAACAGACGGAAAACAAACAAAAACAAAAACAGACAGAAAACAAGCAAAAACAGACGGAAAACAAACAAAAACAGAUGAGAACAAAGAUCUCGAUCUCCUUAAUCUGAUCUGAAAAAAAAAACAAAGAAAAUUUACAGUCGACUCCAAAGAUCGGAGAAUUUCAUCGCAGAGUGACGAAUUCAUUUGAAGAUCAAAAACGUUUUAAUUUAAACUGAAGAAGCGGAAGUAAAUAACUAUGACAGUGUGUGUGUGUCUGUGUGUGUGUGUGUGUGUCUGUGUGUGUGUGUGUGUGUUCUCUCAGAAUAUCCAGGCUGAAAAAGAGGCCUUAACAGAAGGGAGGGAGAAAACGCCAAAGUACCAUCGGACUGAAGACGGAUUCAUCAGAAUAGGUGAGUGAAGACGUCACGUCAGCUGAUCUACCUGCUCAUUCCUGCCAACCCGAACUCUAAACCUGAACCCGAACCCGAGCUCUAAACCCGAACUCUAAACUCGAACCCUAACCCGGACCUAAACCCUCCAAAUAAACGAUGGUUCGAUGGUUUGAUGUGAUCCUGAUGAACGAAACGAAGUUAAAGAAACGACGAUCAAAGAUCUGAAAGUUAUUCAGGACAAGUUUCCACUGCUGCUGUCUGUGUGUGAGGACAAACACACACAGACACACACAGACACACACUGACAGACACACACAAACACAAACACACACACUGACACACACAGACACACACUGACAGACACACACAAACACAAACACAUGAAGACACACACACACACACACACACAUACCGCUCGUCAGUGAGUUUGGUGACGGUGUACUCAGUCUUGAUGCUCUGAGACUCCGCCCCCGUGGCGUUGGGGCGAUGGCGGUUUUUAAGUUUCACUCUUGAAGUUCAAACUUUUGACGUUUCAACAACGUCUUCGUCUUCAAAAGCAAAAUUCCUCUGAAAUGUCGGAAACAAAUCGUUUUUUAUCUCCGAAACUUCAAAGGAGGAUCGUAAAGAAAAUGUUGAGAUCGGAUUAAAGCGAAUUUUCUGAGAAAACCGACGAACUCCCAAAUAUUCAGGAUGAACAUGAAGAAAACGCUGCAAACAAAAAAAACAACAUUAAAAUUAAAGCGCAGGAACGUCAGCAGCGUCCUCUGAGUUCAUUCAUUCAUUCAUUCAUUCAUUCAUUCAUUCAUUCAUUCUUUCAUUCAUUCAUUCAGUCGUUAUUUUUCGUCUUUCUCAGGAAACUUCCAGAAUGGGAUCGCAGAGGGAGAGGUCGACGCCACCUUUGGUCCCCUGGAGGCCAUGCGUCUGUCGGUGCUAACGGACUCGCCGGUCUGGGUGAUCCUCAGCGAGGUGAGAGCGUCCGGGUGCGACUGUGAUGAUUAAUUCACCGAUAAAUAAACCAACGGUCUGUUGAAGCUAAAGAGUAAAAUCAGAAAUAUUUAAAGAAAACAGUCGGAGUUUAACGUUGAUUUUAUAACGAGGUCGAGGAUCAGACAGCCGCUCCGAGUUCUCCUGAAGAUGAUGAUGAAAUCCACUCAGGAACUUUAUUCUCCAACUGUCACUCACACGGUCUCUCAGAGAGUCCUGAACCUGAUCCUGAUCCUGAAGGUCCGUCUUAGACCCGGUCAUGUGAUCCGGUCAUGUGAUCCGGUCAUGUGACUAACAUUCUUGUUCAUCUAAGAACUUUUUAGAAAUGUGUUCCUGACACUGAAUUGAAAAUAUUUGGUUCUUACUGGUUCUGUUUGGUUCUGUUUGGUUCUUAUUGGUUCUGUUUGGUUCUUACUGGUUCUGUUUGGUUCUUACUGGUUCUGUUUGGUUCUGUUUGGUUCUGUUUGGUUCUUACUGGUUCUGUUUGGUUCUUACUGGUUCUGUUUGGUUCCUUUCAGAUCUUCAUUAGGAAAGCAGAGUGAGGCUCCGCCCCCUCCUCCUCCCACCCAGCGAUACCUCAGCACGUCUGAGCGAUCAGCUGAGCUGACGACAAAGGUUCACCAGAAACCCACCAUGAUGCCACAGCGCCCUGGUGUGGCGGGUUCUGGGUACUGCGGGCUGAAGAGCUCAGACUGAAACCACAGAAACAGAAACAGACUGAAGGACCCUGAAGGACCCCGAGGAACCCUGAAGGACCCCGAAGGACCCCGAGGAACCCUGAAGGACCCAGAGGAACCCUGAAGGACCCUGAAGGACCCCGAAGGACCCUGGGGAGUCUGUAUUUAUGUGUACAUACAGUUAGUCCAUGUUCAACACUGGUGUUGGUUCACUCUUCAUCACCUGGAGAUAAUAAUGCUGCUGAUGAUGAUGAUGAAGAUGGAGAUGAUGAAGAUGAAGAAGAAUCUGCUGCUUCUCAGACUCAGAGGCCUCACUCUCUCUACGGACCUUUUUACCCGAAACUCAGAGCUGAUCUGUGUGUGUGUGUGUGUGUCUGUGUGUGUGUCUGUGUGUGUGUGUGUGUGUGUGUCUGUGUGUGUGUGUGUGUGUCUGUGUGUGUGUCUGUGUGUGUCUGUGUGUGUGUGUGUGUGUGUGUCUCUGUGUGUGUGUGUGUGUGUGUGUGUGUGUCUGUGUCUGUGUGUGUGUGUCUGUGUGUGUGUGUGUGUGUGUGUGUGUGUGUCUGUGUGUGUCUGUGUGUGUGUGUCUGUGUGUGUGUGUGUGUGUCUGUGUGUGUCUGUGUGUGUCUGUGUGUGUGUGUCUGUGUGUGUGUGUGUGUGUGUCUGUGUCUGUGUGUGUGUGUCUCUGUGUGUGUGUGUCUGUGUGUGUGUGUGUGUGUGUCUCUGUGUGUGUGUGUCUGUGUGUGUGUGUGUGUGUGUGUGUGUGUGUGUGUGUGUGUGUCUGUGUGUGUCUGUGUGUGUGUGUCUGUGUGUGUGUGUGUGUGUGUCUGUGUGUGUCUGUGUGUGUCUGUGUGUGUGUGUGUCUGUGUCUCUGUGUGUGUGUGUCUGUGUGUGUGUGUGUCUCUGUGUGUGUGUGUCUGUGUGUGUGUGUGUGUGUGUGUCUGUGUGUGUGUGUGUGUGUGUGUGUGUGUCUGUGUGUGUGUGUGUCUGUGUGUGUCUGUGUGUGUGUCUGUGUGUGUGUGUGUGUCUGUGUGUGUGUGUGUGUCUGUGUGUGUGUGUGUGUGUGUCUGUGUGUCUGUGUGUGUGUCUGUGUGUGUGUCUGUGUGGUUGCUGCUCAGGGUUCGGGUCGUUUUGCCUUAAAGAACAAAAAGCAGAUUUACUUCAAACAAGCCCUGAAAUACUGCAACAUGUAGCGACAACAUCUCCCACAAUCCUUUGCUGCGACCUCUGACCUUCUGACAUCUUUGUGGCUUAAACUACUGAGUUCAUCGUUUUUCUCUUUUCUUUCUAAAAGUGUUUAUAAAAAUGUUUUAGAGUUUUCUGAGGCCUUUAAAGAACAACUGUUCCACUCUGUAGUACUCUGACAUGUACUUUAAAGAGUACUCUACACGACUCUAAGAAGUACUUCACAUUAAAGUACUCUUACUUUUAAGUACUGCCUGUUACUUUGCAGCAGCUCUGUGUAAGUUCGACUGAAGUCACAGGUACGAUCCUCGCACCUCCUGCAGCCAAUCACAGAGCAGCACCUGAGCUCAGUGUUUAAUAACAGACACAUGAACAUUAAAAAUCACCAUCAUGGCGUUUUCAGGAAACUCUUGGCUCCGCCUCCAUGUUUACGUCGGACAGGUCGACUGUUUGAAUGUUUUGAUAUGAUGGAGCAGCUGUUGUAGCUUUAGUCAGCUCUGAUUGGUGGAGGAGAAGCUUCUUUUCUUUUCUUGUUUUCACUCAAAUCGACUUUUUUAAUCAACAACUAAAAACUGCAGGAAGGAUUUUAUUUAUUUUAUUUGACCACAACAGCAAAAAGCAACAAAACUGUAUUAAUAAAAGAAAAAUGACUCAACUCUUUGCAGACAUGCGCAUCUGUUGUUGAGGACAGCGACACGCUGCUCCACGCUGCUCCACGCUGCUCCACGCCGUUUCUGGCCCUUUAUCUGCGGUUUACAGCGGUUUAAGGUUCAGAGUCUUGAGGAGUCUCAGAAAUGAUCUUCCUGUCGUACUUUACUCCAUAUUCACAUUCACGAGGUCUCAGACGACAUGUUUGAAGAAACGCUUUGUCGGCGCCCGCCAUACGGUCUUUGUAUGUCAGGGAAGCCGGCGGCCAUAUUGAAGAGCUGCAGCGAGGAAAAGCUUUGGAUGAAAACUGGUUCGUCUGACUGUCGGCGGCCGCAGUGAUACUCCUGAAGCUCCUACAAAAAAAACAGACGAGUUUCUGUCACGUUGUCAUGGUGAUCGUUAGCGUCUCUGAAAACAGGAGAGCAAAUCUACGUCGACAUUUCCGAAGGAUGUUAUCGAUCCUGAACAUCAUGAAUAUUUGCUCCAUCUCCAAAUCAUGUCGUCUCUCGACAGGAUCGCCACGGUAACUGUUGAUCUGUGGAGGAGGACGUCACGCCUCCUCGGGUCGACGCCGGAACCUUCUCAGCUGGUGCCGCCCAAAAAAACUCCAUCCUGAAUUUAACUUUACCUUCAAACUUACACAAAGCUGGUGCAACCCAGUACUGCUCAGUACUACAGUACUACAGUACUACAGUACUACAGUACUGCUCUGUCAGAGUCCAUGGUGCUCUGGGUACUUCUGCUCACUUCUUUGAAGUACUUUUACAAAUCCUUUCCAGAAUUACUCUGUUCGACUCCCCAGUACUUACGCGAUACUUUUUUGUACUCUGGUACAAACUUUACUGUCAGACUGUAGAGUACUCCUACAAGAACUCAACAGUACUGCUUGGUACUGGUUUGCAGAUUGUAAGACAAACAUUAGAGUAAUAAUCUAUAAGAGUACUUCAACAUUUAAUUUACAGUACUGAUCAGUAUUCACCAGACAGCUCAGUACAUCGCUGUACUGCUUGGUACUUAACAGUACACAUGUUCAUAGUAGAACUCAUAUGUUCUUCACAGUACUGCCCAAUACUACACAAUAAUGAUUAGUACUCAUAGUCUACUAUUCUGCUCAGUUCUGAUAAACCUCUGGUACUAUGAUGUACUUGUACUUAACUUCUUCCUAAAAAUAAAGUACUUUGAAUUACUGAAUAGUACCCUCAAUAUUUUUUAAUCCACAGUUUGUUCUGUAGUAGUUUUUUUUUCUGCACUGAAAUAAAAUGUUUGUACUUGAUU